AUGGCUGUUGUCAUUCUGGUGUCCUCGCACAAGCAGCGCGUCAAGGAUUGGCCGUUUACGAGCUUCUACGCGAUCGUCACUUCCGGUCGAUACUUCAAUCUGGUCGCCCUCGCCGCACUUAUGACCAAAUUUGCUGUUGUCGAUAGUACCCUCUUCCAGAAAGCGACGAGGACGAUCGUAACUCAGCAAAAGGAGUACGCCAACUCCACCAUGACUGGAUGGGUUGAGAGAGAAUGGCCGGUGAAUUUCGGUGGUAUUCCAGGAGCUGAUGGGAAUGUUACGAUGGUGGAUGCAGCAUGGGCAGGCGUCCUGGAUGCGUACUACGGCAAGCUCGCCAAUGGGAAGGUGCACGAUACUCUCAAAAACAACGCGUCUUUCUUCGGUUGCCCUAAUCGACAAGAGUGUAGCGGACCUAUUGAGGGCCUCGGCUUUAUGUUCAACUGUACCAGCCGGUACAGCAAUGUUGACUACGGAUCAGCAUCAGAAAACGCACCAUCAUACCCGCUGUGGAGCGUCAACUUCAACCCGUCAUGGGCGACUGGAACGAAACCAUCCGCCAGCAUUAAUCUCGAGAUGAUGUAUGUAAACAGUCGAGCUGGAGAUACACAGGGCUCUUGUCCAGGGAAUGUGACUGUACGCACUUGCAAAAUUAUGCCUGCAGUCGUCCAGUAUCCUGUCACUGUCAUGAUACCAAGUGAAGAGGAAUUGAAUGGUGGGAACAUUGUCACGCAUGUUAAGUUCUUCGACAAGAACAGGACCUGGCCUAUUGGUUCUGAUCUCAGCAAUAUUGACCAGAUCGAUGGAUUGAAAGUACUCCACCGGGUUAAUCUUCGAGAAGAGGUUGGCGAGUAUUCCACGGUUGGCGCUCUGAUUUACAUUAUGGACAACCUUUACGGAUCUUCGGCAAAUCUUACUCACAACAACGGUUGGGACCUCGUCUCUCGAGGUGCUUCCACGCCGUCGAUAUUCUACGCAGACUCCAAAGUACCACAGACGUACCGCUGCUGGUACAAUAUCGACAAGUCCGGUCGAGAUGAUCCCACCAUCGAGAUCUUGCGCGGACUCAACACCUUAAGCUUUGUUACUGCGUUAUACAUCAAAGGCGCACCUACAACCGACGUAAACAAACGCAAAGCCCUCGGCAUGGCCAGUCAAACCAUCACCACAUCAGUCACCGGCAUCGUAGAAGAAUACCUCACCUCCUCCGCCUACGUCUACGGCGCCCUCGCAGCAACCUUCAUCACCGUCAUACUCGUCCUACCCGUCUACUGGGGUUUCUGGCAACUCGGUCGCAAAGUCACCUUGGGUCCACUUGAGAUUUCGCAAGCUUUCGGCGCGCCCAUCAUCGCGCCUGACAAGAUGAAAGCGUAUCACGGCGACUUCGAUCAGGUGCUUGAGGAUGUUGGAGACAGGAGAGUGCAGUAUGGGCAGCUCAAGAAUGCGCCGCCAGGGCAGAUGGGGCUUGCGGAGCCGGAGAGGGUGGUGGUGCUAAAGGCUAGUCAUCGGUGGCGGGUUAGUGGGCAGAGGGAGAAUAGGAGGAUUGGGCUGGGUGCAGUCUUUGGAGGGGCGGUGGCUGCUACCAUGUCGGGGAAUGCGAGGGAUUGA